CUCUCUAUCUCUCCUACCUUUGCCCAAGAACCUGCAGGCGAAAACUAGGUUUUUGUGUUUUCUUCCAUACGUAUAGCAGAUAUGUCUUCUAAAUCAGGAUCUACUCAACUUAAGAGCGGCCGUGGUAAGCCGAAGGCUGCAAAAUCAGUAUCGCGAUCUUCCAAAGCCGGUUUACAGUUCCCCGUCGGCAGGAUCGCCCGUUUUCUCAAGGCCGGAAAGUAUGCCGAACGUGUCGGUGCCGGCGCUCCUGUCUAUCUAUCUGCUGUUCUUGAAUAUCUAGCGGCGGAGGUUUUGGAACUGGCUGGGAAUGCGGCAAGAGAUAACAAGAAGAAUAGGAUUGUGCCAAGACACAUUCAACUGGCUGUUAGGAAUGAUGAGGAAUUGAGCAAGCUAUUGGGUUCAGUUACAAUUGCUAAUGGAGGUGUGAUGCCUAAUAUUCAUCAGACUCUUCUUCCCAAGAAAGCUGGCCAUGGAAAGGGUGAGAUUGGUUCUGCUUCACAGGAAUUCUAGAAGGCUAAAUCUUCUUGACCUAUUAUCAGUGUGCCAAAAACUCUUUUGUAUUUUUUCUUCUUCAUAAUUCUCAACUUUCUUACUCAUGAUGGCAUGUAAGCAAAACACCCCCAUUUUUGUUUCUAUCUCUUUCAUGUCAAUGAGUACAAUAUACUACAAGGGUUUCAUCCUUUAAUUGUUGGAAUCAAUUUUGGGUGUUCUUCAUA